AUGAAGGAAUUCGCGUUUGGGUGGAAAGAAGGUGAAGGCGAGGUCACAGGAGGUGGUCAUGCUUCGCAAAGUGGCGUUGGGCGCGAUUCGAUCUCAGUCGCGUGCCACAUGUCCUCAGCACUUGCACGAACGCUCUUCGCAGCGUCGCGACCCGUUGGCCAACGAACAGCUUGCAGAACAUUCUCUACCUCUCCAACAGCCAAGGAAGCUGAAACAUCCACAUCUGUCGCCUCAGAUGCAGCUCCAAAUACCCACUUCAAGGUCACCCUCAAACGUUCCGCCAUCUCGCUCGGCGACAAAAAGAAAGGCACACUGCUUGCUCUCGGUUUCCACCGUCGUUUCCAAACUGUGUACCACCGACAUACUCCAGAAGCGGCGGGUAUGAUUCUUAGUGUGAAGGAAUUGGUGGAGGUCGAGAAUGUUCCGGAGCAUAUGGUCAAGACAAAGCAGGAGAUGAGGCAGGAAAGGAAGGCGCCCCGCGGUUAUCAGGUCGUCUCCAGUAGACGGGGGUCGUUCUUGAAUCUUUAG